ACCAAAAAUUUGAUAUUGUCUUUGACACAACGGGUUCUCCAGAAGGUUUCUUACACGCGAUAAAGUUAUGUAAAAACAUUCUUCAUUUGAAAUCAACUCAUGGACGAGAAGUUUGUGGACUGAGACGAAUGUCAGAUUUUGUGGUUGAAGAAUUCUCACUGCUAAGAUUUGAACAAAAGAAUUUGGAGUUCAGUUGGCCUGGAGAAAUUGUAGACAAGAGAGAGAAUUCUAAUAUUUUUGUUAGUCCAUCUGUUGAUGAAAGCGUUGUUGAAUUGAUUAAAGAUACUGGAAGGAACGUUAUCGUUCUGGAAGUAGCACGCGCCGUAGAUUAUGUUAAGCAAUGGAUCGAACAGUCAAGAAAAGGAAAAGUUGAAGAUGAAAACUUGACGAAGUCACCGGUACCAAGGUUCGAUUUAGCUGUUGUGAGUAAAAUUGAGGAAAUUGAUUCUAUUAUAAGACCCGUUAAUAACGAGGAAUUUUCGAUCCUGCGUCCCCGCGGAGCCAUUCUGUACGCACCACCUUUGUCAAUAAAGGAAGAUAAAACAUCAAACGAAAUGAAUCUACUUAAGAAAGUACUUCAAGAAGAUAAUAUUCAGAUUUGGUCCACUAGAUGUGGUAACCUUUCAAAUUCUCUAGAAAUGUUAUCUUCAAACGAAGACGUUACCAAAAUUUUGGGUGAAAAUAUGAUUUCAAAAGAGGUAAAAUUACAAGAUAUCAAUGAUGGAUUUAGCCUUGCAGCUAGUGAAAAUGUUAUUAAAGUUACCGUAGAUGUCGAGUAUUAA